AUGAAAUUCACAUUAACAAAACCAUUCAUUCUUCGUUGUUUUCUCAUCUCUCUUUUUCUCUCCCUCCCUUUUCUCUUCCUCCAUCUCUUCUCUCCCCAACCACCAAUAACCACCACCACCACCACCGCCACCACCGGCCUAAAAAUCCGACCCGGUUACACAUCCUACGAAACCUACAUACAACGCCAACUCAACAAGACUCUCAACCCCAAACUCCGUAAAAUAUGGACAACCCGCGACUGGAACCGCAAGAUCCCAGUUUUCGCCAAAUUCUUCCAACAACUCAAAACCAACAACCUCCUCCAACAAACAUCCAAAGCCUUAUGCAUUGGCGCUCGCGUUGGACAAGAGGUUGAAGCUCUACGAAGAAUCGGCGUCGUUGAUUCCAUCGGAAUGGACCUCGUUCCGUAUCCACCGUUGGUCGUCAAAGGCGACUUCCAUAACCAACCCUUCGAUAACGACACGUUCGAUUUCGAAUUCUCUAACGUCUUUGAUCACGCGCUUUACCCGCACAAAUUCGUUGCUGAGAUUGAACGGACGCUGAAGCCUAACGGCGUUUGUGUCUUGCACGUGGCGUUAACGCGGCGCGCCGAUAAAUAUUCAGCUAACGAUCUUUACAGUGUUGAGCCUCUUGUUGAGCUUUUCAAGAAUUCUCUAUUGGUUCAUGUUGUUCGUGUUGAUGGGUUUGGAUUGGACACUGAAGUUGCGUUUCGUAAGAAACCACCCAAUCGUCACAAAUUGUAA